CCCUCGCCGCCCUCCGGUCCGGGGGUCCUGGCUCGGAGCUGACGCGGCCUAGAGUCGCCUCGGUCCUCCACCCCGGAGCGCGCGCAGCUGGUGUGUGGGAGGUCUCCUGUGAGCCACCUUUUUCACCCUUGCCUGCUGAUACAUCCUCCCACCCCCAUCAAGAAUUUGGGGAUGCCAGGGGGGAAGAAGGUGGUCCGGGGCGGCAGCAGCGGUGCCGCCCCCACUACCGUGGCUGUCCCCUCUGGGGUCAGGCGUUUGGAGACCAGCGAAGGAGCCUCAGCCCAGAGAGACGAUGAGCCAGAGGAAGAAGGAGAAGAGGACCUGCGAGAUGGAGGCAUCCCCUUCUUUAUCAACCGGGGUGGGCUGCCUGUGGAUGAGGCCACCUGGGAAAGGAUGUGGAAGCACGUGGCCAAGAUCCACCCCGAUGGAGAGAAAGUGGCUCAGCGGAUCCGUGGGGCCACGGACUUGCCCAAGGCUGAUGGACCUGGCCAAGGAAAUGACCAAAGAGGCUCUGCCAAUCAAAUGCCUGGAAGCCGUGAUCCUGGGAAUUUACCUCACCAACAGCAUGCCCACCCUGGAACGCUUCCCCAUCAGCUUCAAGACCUACUUCUCAGGGAACUACUUCCGCCACAUCGUGCUGGGGGUGAACUUCGGGGGCCGCUACGGGGCGCUGGGCAUGAGCCGGCGCGAGGACCUGAUGUACAAGCCGCCGGCCUUCCGCACGCUCAGCGAGCUCGUGCUGGACUACGAGGCCGCCUACGGCCGCUGCUGGCACGUGCUGAAGAAGGUGAAGUUGGGCCAGUGCGUGUCCCACGACCCGCACAGCGUGGAGCAGAUCGAGUGGAAGCACUCUGUCCUGGACGUGGAGAGGCUGGGCCGAGACGACUUCCGCAAGGAGCUGGAGCGCCAUGCCCGCGACAUGCGGCUCAAGAUUGGCAAAGGGACCGGCCCUCCCUCCCCCACCAAGGACCGGAAGAAGGAUGUGUCCUCCCCACAGCGGGGCCAGUCCAGCCCCCACCGCAGGAACAGCCGCAGCGAAAGGCGGCCUUCCGGCGAGAAGAAGCCUUCGGAGCCCAAAGCCAUGCCAGACCUCAAUGGGUACCAGAUCCGGGUGUGAGGCAGGUGGCAGAGCCCCAGCCUCGUCCACUUUUGGGGGCCAGGAUCUGCCUGCGAGAACCAGCCUCGCGCCUGGGGAAGCUGGGGCUGAUGCUGGGGCCGGGCGAGGGCAGCGGGAAGAGCAUGUCCCAGCUCGGCCACCCACGCUGCUGCCCCUCCUGCUGGGCCAAGCCCCCUAACUUUGGACCAAAAGGCAGUUAAGAGUUUAAUUUUGAGUUUUUAACUCGACAACUGAAAUUUAAGGUAUUUGGGAAAAACAAAACUAAUGGAUCUGCCAAUGGCUGAAUAGGCCAGUGCUUAGAAAGUCUAAGUGCCACAGGGCUGGGUGAGGUGGGGUUGCUGGCUCUGCUGGUACCCCUGCCCCAAGGUCUCUCUGGGAUUUGGGUCCAUCCUAUCUAUGGGAAACCUCCCAGCUCCACUAGGCCUGUGGCAGGACAGGGGAAGAGAUGUUUCUCCAGUCCUGUCUGCCUUGGCAGAAUGUUGACCCAGGGAAAGGAAAGCAGGGUAGGAACCACCCUGAGAAAGGGCUGUGUGGCCCAUAUCAGGAGCUUAGCACAGGCCGCAUCUGCCCCAGGAGCCAGAGCCUGUGGCCCCAGAGGGCCCUCGGGCCUUGCAGCCCCAUGGACAGUGCUGUGUGGGCUGACACUGCCUAGCGGCAGGGCCCUUGCUGGGACGGGCUAGAUAAGAGCCCAGGAGAGAACCACUGGGAGAAGAGCUCCUGGACCCCUGCUUGGCCUCCUUGCUCAGCCCAGCUCUGCCUGUUGCUGAAGCCGAGACCUCCCUGCAGAGGGGUUGGGCUUUGCCAAGGGCCCAGAGGUGUACUGGGCUCAGCAUGACUGUGGGGAUUGAGCAGACCUGGUGAGUCUAGGCACCAUGGCUGGGGAUGGGGUGGGACACUCGGGCGUGGGUCAGGUAGUCCCCAGGGACUGCUCCCCCUCCCCCCUACCUCAGCCUUGCUGGGGAAAUGAAGGCCAGACCACCUGACGGGGAUGCCUGUGUCCCAGGCCCCGCCUCCCAUCGUCAGCAGCCUGGGUAGGUGUGGAGGGCCCAGUGAUGUAUCAGGCCUGUUGCAUGAGGCAGUUCAUCAGGGAAGAACCUGAGCUGCUGGCGUCUGUACAGCCUGCCUGGAGGGCUUGAGAUACCUAGCAGGCAAGUGAGAGGUUGUGGAGAGAUGUUGGCAGGGCUGAGGGAAGAUUCUGGAGGCUCAAGCAACAAAGAGGUGUAGGGCAAGGGUGCAGUGUAGCCACUAAGGAGAGGCAGAGCCUGAGAACUGGGGAAGGUAAGUGAGAAAAGAAUGUGGGGGAGAGUUUAGAAUCAGGCAGCCUUGGGGAGUACUGAGUUCCCUGUUGCUGGAGGUAUUCAAGCAAAGACUAGAUGGCUGCUUGUCAUCUCGAAAGCUACAGAAAGGAUUUAGGUUAUGGAAGGAUAACUGGAUGAGGUGACCAUUAAGUUUUCUUAAUACUGAGAGACUAUGGUUCAACCAGGGGCAGCUGUCAGCAAGGCUGCAGAGGGGCUGGGGGCCUGGAAAAGGGAGGACCAGAGCCAGAGUUGUAAGCUCAAAUGCGUCCAGGGCCGGGCAGAUGAUUAAAAGGAAGGCUGCAGGGCUGGGUGGGGAUUGUGGCAAAUUAAAGAAGACAUACCCAGUUACAGCAGCCACUGCUGCUCGGCUGCUCUGAGUGCAGGCCCUGCAGUACCAAAUUGCCUGAUUUUUUUGUUGAGAGGCCAGAACUCUGAAUCUUUAUGUGAAAUAUGCUGAUUUUUAAAUGUUGGCAAUCAGUUCAGAAAAUUUUAAAGCCCAACAUGAAAAAGAAUGACAGUUUGUAAUCUCUCAAGUAGAGAGGGCUUGGGCUGGGGAGAAGACCACUGAGAUACUUUGAAGUGGAAAGUAUGAAAGUUCUGGGCUUCCCAGAGAGGCUGGGCCAGGGUAGCCUCCUUGCUGCUGAGGCUGCUUCGGGCGUGGGCAGCUGCCCCAUGUUCAUGCUUACUCUCCCUACAGACCAGAGACACACCAGGAACUCCCUGCGGUUGCUGUGACACCAGAGGGGGUGGUGUGGAAUAGAAAUAGUGCAGUUCUCAGCCUGCCAGGGGGAUGCAUGGUGCCUGAGAAGCCAAGAAAGGGAGAGAGGGAGACAGGAUGCGUUUAGUGAUGCAAGUGCCCACCAGGGAAGGCACCAGGCUGGCCACUCUUCAAACCAGCAGCUCUUGGCCCAGAGCCAGGCCCAGCAGGGAAGCUGGCUGCUCGGUCCCGUGGGUUUCUAUGGGCCACUGGGCCCUGGGGAGGUGCCUUACCUGCCCCCAGGGCUACACCCCCACCAGACCAAUCCAGGGGCCACUGUGAGCCCUAACUCACCAUCCCAUCGCAGUUUUCAGGGAGAGGGUGGUGGGUCCCCAUGUUCACACAUUCUCCUGAGGCAGAGAUGGAGCCAUUUGGGAGGCGCGAGGCUGAACAGGAGGCCUUUUGUGGGUCUGGAUACGGGAGCCUCGUGCAGGCCACUUAUCGGCAGACGCCCCAGAUGCCCCCGUGGACCACCGGGCUUGAGAGUGAGAUGUGAGAGGGAGCUGGGGGUCAGGGAGACAUGGGGAAGCUGCUCCUGGUACGGGAGCCCGGCAGGAUGCUCUGACCCUCCGGCUCCUUCCUGAACCCCCUAGGGAGAAGGAAGCAGCGUGAAGCCCCACCCCCUACUGCUGUCUGCCAGGGAGGGAGCCGACCACCCCCAGCUGAUAACCCCCUAGCAUUCCCCCUUCCUCGCUGAGACCUCGGGGCCUGUGGACACCCACAGGAUACACUGGUGCUUUUUAAUUUAUUUUUAACUGUUUCACAUAUGUAGCAAUCCCUCCUCCCCUCCUGGGCGUGUUUACACAGCUCUGUUCCCCGGCUGGCCUGGCUGCAGAGUUUCUGGGGAGGCAGAGGCAGGGACCUUGGGGCCUUAGUCACCACCCUCAGUAUCACCUCAUCUCACUUCCUGUGAGGGACCGGGCUGGGACCUGACUCAGGGCUGCCUUCCAGCACUCAGCUUGGGCUCCUCUGCCCCCGGGGGCUGGGGCGGCUGGCUGGGAGGGGUCAAGGGGAGGUCAGGGAAAGCUGCUUAAUGAAGGUGGGUCAGCAAUUGGGGUGGGGGGGGAGUGAUGGCUCCCCAAGGCCUGACUGCCUGUGCUCUGUGCUGGUUGUCAGGUCAGAACACUGGGAAAGUGGGUUUCAAGCCUUUCCACCCACCUGCCUGCCAGCCCUCUCGCUCCCGUGGAGGCCUCAGCACCGUCACGGUCCCCUUGCUCAUCUCGCCAGCCACCCCAUCCUUCCUGGGCAUGGCCAAGUGGGGAGAGUGGUGCCCCUGGCCCCCGGGUGCCAUGACGAAGCCUAGGGCCAGGGUUCUCAGCAGCACAAAGAGCCCAGAGGUUGGCCAGGUCUGGUUUCUCCCCUCUCUGUCAACUCACACCCCACACUGCUUCCAGCUUGGACUUGACUUCCCAGCCCAGGGACAGGGUUUAAUUCUGGCCGGUGGUGUGCCCAGAGGCCUGUGUGCCGGUGCACGCCUGGAUCUCCUGCCUGGGUUGUUUUCCGCUUAGCCGAAGUGGCUUCCCCAGGCCCACCCUCUAGCCUCGGAGUACAGGGAGGUGUGAGCUGGGCCCGGCAUGUUGACUGCGUUCUGUGUGCCAGAGCUGGGCAGUGUUGAAAUCCCCACUUCUCUUGUUCCACUGAGAAGCCAGUGUGAAGGGCAGGGAGGUCCUCUGGGGGAGCAUGGGGUGGGAGGGGAGGUCUGCCCCCAGCCAGGCAGGGCUGCCGUGGUGCUAGCUGCAAGUCCAUCAGUACUGACCCACUUCGCCCCAUCUUGGUGCUCCAGAGUCCCAAGGUUCCGUUUUUCUUCGAGUCUAAUGAGAGAAGAAAUCGGGGGCACUUGGCCUGGAGCCUGAUGGUGGUGGAUGGCCCCUCCCUCGAGCUUUGUGUCAGCUGCCAGUGUUGUACUGGACUUCGUUCUUCCUCUUCUCAUGUCAGUAUUGCCCCUCCCCCUUUCACUUUUACACUUCGUCUCAUUCCUGUUCUCAGUUUUUCCUUGAAAUGAAUAAAGUCUCCCCAGCUCGGUUGUGUGGGCUGGGCGGAA